AUGGGAGAAGUACAGAAAUAUAUCCAUCCAAUUACGAUUGAGGCAAAACUCUUUGCCGAAAAUAUGAACAAAUUAUGUUCGACCCCAGACUUCUAUGUUAUAGAUCCCCAACUAGCCGAAGCAUUGGAAAAUGUCAUGACCAGCAUAAAUAAUUUCUUAGAGAAAUCCACAAAAGAAAUUGUACCCACCGAAAAUACCAAACUUGUAGAACUGGAAAAAAUUCAAAAACUUCAACGUUUAUACCGAUGCCAAUUGUGUCGUAGAGAUUUGGGUGGCCAACCCACUAAUGUGGCACUGCAUUUAACUGAAGAAUGCAUGGUGGUGGAAAAUGGACGUAACGUUCCUGCUGCAGUAAUCUCCAACGAAGAUCGUAAGAAAAAGAAGGAAGAACGCAAAGAGAGAAAGGCAAAACGUAAGGAGGAUCGUCUGCAGAAGGCUGUGGUCUUGAAGAAGAAGGCCCGUUUAUUCCUUGCCUCAGAUCAAAUUACCGCCUAUCAACAACUAACAACAGCCAUACAAAUUGGUGAUAAACUUAAAUGUAUACCCGAUUAUGAGGACAUUGAAAAGGAUCUAUUGGACUUAAUUAUACCACUGUUUCCCAAUCAAACGAUUAAAAUCUAUAAAUUUGGUUCCCGAAUAUCGGGCAUUGGUACACGUGAUUCCGAUCUGGAUCUGUUCAUAGACAUUGGUGACACCUUUAAAAUCUAUCACAAUCGUGCCGAUCAAGCAACUAUAGACAAAUUGAAUAAAGUACGCAAGGCGCUUAAGAAUCACAAACAAUCGUGGAAGGGUCUGGUGGCCGUGGAAAAGGCUCGUGUACCCAUAUUAAAAGUAAUACAUGGUUCAACAAGUAUUGAAUGUGAUAUAAAUUUCUCAAAUAGUUUGGGCCACAUCAAUACCCAACUUAUGGAGUAUUUAUUUGGUUUGCAGCCAAUUGCUCGUAUACUUUGUAUUUAUAUGAAAAAAUGGUUGCAUUUAAUUAGCAUGAGAACUGAAUUCAAUACCUAUACCCUCAACUUAAUGGUGAUUUUCUAUUUACAAACAUUGAAACAUUUACCUCCACUUUCGAUACUAUUUGACAAGGUUGAUACCUCAACGGCUCUAUUUGUUGGACCAUGGUUGGCCACCUAUACCACACCAAAUUUGAAAGAUUUAAAAAUAAAUGUAGUUAACACCAGUAAAUUAAUAGAAUUGAUUGCAGGAUUUUUUGAAUAUUACAUGAAUUUUGAUUACAACAAAUAUAUAGUUUGCCCCUACAAAGGUGAACUGGUAGAACACAGUGAAUUCAAUAAGUUUAUGCCGGAUAGGUAUAUAAAUUAUGUUGCCGCUAUGAAAGAUCAUGAAAUUGAAUUGAACAAACCAAUGAUUAUUCAAGAUCCAAUCCAGCUCAAUCACAAUAUAACAAAGGGCAUUAGUGGCUUUACCGUGAAAGUAUUCCGGGAAUUUAUGUCGAAAUCUUUGCAAAUUAUUUUACAAAACAAAAAACCAUGA